AUGGGGUUGCUGUCAUAUUACCUGGGAAUUGAAGUAUCACAAGAGUUGCGUGGAAUAAGCUUAAAACAGGAGGGUUAUGCAAGAAAACUAUUGGAAAAGGCAGGCUUGCUAGAUUGCAACCCAAUAGAGACCCCAAUGGAGAAUAACCUGGAGCUCACCAAAGAUGAGAGUGGAAAACCUGUGGAUGCCACUGAAUAUAGAAGCAUAGUGGGAGGGCUGAGAUAUUUGUGCCACACACGACCUGACAUCUCCUAUGUUGUUGGAGUUGUAAGUCGCUUCCUAGAAAGGCCCACCGAACAACACAAUCAGGCAGUGAAAAGAAUCCUAAGGUACAUAAAGGGAACCCUUAACCUUGGUUUGGUGUACACACGAAGCAAAGAAAAGAAGCACAUAAUUGCAUACUCUGAUAGCAAUCAUGCAAGGGAUGUGAAUGAUAGGCGAAGCACAAGUGGCAUGGUAUUUUACUUGAACAAAAAUCUGGUGACAUGGAGCUCUCAAAAGCAACAGUGUGUUGCACUUUCUUCAUGCGAGGCAGAAUUCAUGGCUGCAAACUUGGCAACAUGCCAAGGCAUAUGGGUCCGGAGACUUGUUCAAGAAAUAACAGGUGAAAAGUUGGGUCCAGUAACGAUACUCAUUGAUAACAAGUCCACACUCGAAUUGGUCAAACAUCCGGUCUUCCAUGGACGUAGCAAACAUAUAGACACACGCUUUCACUUCAUUAGAAACUGCAUUGAAUGUGGAGAUGUCAUUGCUAAGUUUGUUGCAAGUAUGGAACAGCAAGCUGAUAUUCUCACCAAGCCACUAGCAAAGAACAAGUUCAAGGAGAUGAGGAACAUGCUUGGAAUGAAGUGUUGGAUAAGGAAGCUGUCAAAAGGCCAUGUUGGCCAUUUUCCCGUUUCUUUAGGAAGUAGUAAUCAAGUGGUUUCAUGUUUCCACAUUUCUAGCUUAUUAGUAGCUUAA